CUGUGUACUAUUAGCCUUUUUUAGAUUCGUAUUAAGUAUGAGUUAUUUUGUAUUAAUUACAGUGUGGUUGACAUAGUGUUUAACCAUGACAUAUGACUACGAUACAAAACAAAACCUAGCUAUGGCGUGCUAGUAUUAUUUUUUUUGUAACUAUUUUGAUAGGUCUUUCAAAGGUUGUCUGCUAAUGCAUUGUAUGUAAUAAUAAUAGUCUAUAUUUUUGAGUGGAUUGUUAUUGAAAUAUAUACCUAUCUUAAGUUAUAAUAAUGGCAACAACAACAAAAAAUAUUAGGACAAGAGACCUGUCCUGAGACGUAACGUUUGAACUGCCACUUUGGCAGAGUUUGGGAUCCGAGUCUACUGUCGUUAAAAACAUAAAAUGUGUAUGCAACAGGUAUUCACAGCGGCGUUGUCUGGCGUUAAUGCCGUUAACAAAUCAGUAAUGUUUGGAGGAAAACAAACGAGCUUGGAGGUGUAAUUUAUAGCCUCCAAAUACUACGUUUCAAGGAAGGAGGCUUGUGUUUCUGCUGAUAAAACAAUUGGGAUGUAAGCAAGGCACUGUUAGAAAUAAGUCAGCAAAACAGAGCAGUAUCAUGGAUAGCCCUAAGGACUUGGAGGGUGAAGUGGACCAUUCCUUUUUUGACAGUGAUGAUGGCGAAGAACAAGGAAAAGACCUCAAAGAGGCCAACAAUAGCAAACCUCAAAAACACAAUGAGCUAAAGCAGACCAGCACUAACGAAAAAGGAACAAGUAAACUGGGAAGAGAUGGAAACAGGGAAGAAAUUAGAGAAGGGCAAGAAGAAAGAGAAUCAUGCAGUGGCUCAGUAAAAGAGGAGUGUAAUCUAUCAGCAAGUUCUUUCUCACUGUCAUCAUUGGCUAGAUCAGAGGCCAGUAGAGGUAAUCUGGAAGGAGCCUCUGGUAGCCAGAUAAAAAUUCCAGAAAAAAUCAGAUCAUGUUCAUCUGCCGAGGAGAGGGAGGAUGAUGAUGAUGAUGAUGAUGAGAGUGAGGAUGGUUACAACAGAAGUGAAGAGGACAGUGAGGAAGAGCCAGAUCAAGAACAUUCCAGGUGUAAACCUGCUCACCACAACAGUUCGAAAAAAGUGAGCAGCAAAAACAGAAACUAUAGCCCUGCUUCGUCAUCGGAAUCCGAGAGUUCCAGCAGUGAAUCGGAGAGUUACACAUCACCCAGAAAAAAAUCUGCAGGGUUGCCACUCUCUUCCCCCAGACAUCGAUCCAAAUUAUAUUUAAUGUCAAGAAAAGAUAAAGCUAGGCUCCUGGAGGAAUCUGAAGAUACAGUGACAGAUGUAACUCCAUUAUCCACACCUGAUGUCAGCCCCGUUCAGUCUUUUGAUUUAGCAAUGGCAAAAGAGGACCUGAAGAAGCAGCAAAUUAAAAAGCAGCGCAAUGUGGGCCUUGGUCUCUAUGGGAAUUCUGGAGAUUAUUACUCCGACGAAGGUGAAAAGAGGUUCCUAAAGACGCAGAAGGAGAGAUGUAAUAUGUCUGGCAACAACUUGGCAUCGUCUGUGUCUUUAGAGUCUGGUGCUGGUAGCAGGCAUGACCAAAAGCUCUUAAGUGAUGCCAUGGAUCUCAAUCAGCUUCUAAAAGCUUUUAUGCAUCUGGAAAGCAAGAAACAGAAAAAUGUGGGCAUUGAUUACCCUGAACGGAAGUCAAGAAAAAACUUUUCAUUUAGCAACGAGGAUGUGAGGCGUAUUGAUCAAGAGAACCAGAGAUUACUGAGAGAACUUUCCAGGCAAGCCCGUCCACCGAGUAAGAGCCCCAAACCAAAGAAACCUGCCAAUCCCCCUGCAAGGCUGUACCACAGUGCUCUCAACAGGCAGCGGGAACAGCAGAGAAUCGAGAGAGAGAACAUGGCUUUCCUGAAAAGACUUGAAUCAGCAAAGCCAACACUGGGAAUGAAACGUUCUGAACAGUUAUCAGACUAUCAGCGCCAGAUGAGGUACAUGGGCUCAGUACCUUUAGGCAGAAUGAGCUCAGCAGGUGGUUCUACUAGAUCAGCCAGUGUUGCAAGCCAUUGUAGAGAAAGACCCAGUAUAUCCACUACUGCUGUGUCCAGGCCUAGCAGAGCUGCUGAAGCAAGAGCUGCUUGGUCGUAAUUCCCAUUCAUUAAUAUCUUUACUGUAUGGUGCAUGGUGGACAUGUUUUCAGUUAUAAAAAUAUCAGAUACUGUGCAGCUUCUGUGUAAAUGUAAAAUAAAUCAUUUUUUAAUUUUGACUCGACCGAGACAGUGAAAACAUUUCACAUUAAGCCAAACCAAAUCUGCUUUGUAGUGUGUUAUUUAGCAGUAAAGUUUGAAAUGUGUUGUUUAAAGUAUAAGUAAAAUCUGUAACAGGGUUAAACCGUAUCAAUGUUACACAAGGAUGUGCUGCAUUUUGCAUUUUGAUUAAACAUUUUCUGUUCAUUUUUAAGGUCAUUUAAACUACAAAGAUGUGUGUUUUAUAUACAGGGGUCAAUUGCUGUUGCUAUUAUAUUUGUCAAUAAAGCUACUUGUUACAUAAUCUACAAGUUUUUGUAGUGGAGGAAUCUGUCCAUUAUGACCUACUUUUUUUUUUGUUAAUGAAACCCAAAUGUGUGAGCUGUUGAAUGCUGCUUUUAUUGUAAGAUUGCUGACAGUGACCAAACUAUGAGAGUAAAACUAAAAUUCCAAAUUUUAAGGAAGCUGAAUAAAGAAUGCACCCUCUUGUUCGCAAUAAAACAAUAUCCAUUAAACUA